AAUGAAGAAGAGCAGUAUAUAUAUAUGCGCAGAAAUAGAACAGAGCCAGGCCAGGUCCUAGUGUAUACAUAAACAAAGUUAAAAAUAAAUAAAUAAAUAAAGCUGUCUGUCCCGCCUCAUUGAUCUCGCAAUCUUCUUGAUCAAAUCAUCAACCUAACUGAAAAAAUGGGGAGAGGAAAGAUGGUAAUCCAAAGGAUUGAUAACACAACAAACAGGCAAGUAACGUUCUCCAAAAGGAGGAGUGGAUUACUCAAGAAAGCUCGGGAGCUUUCUAUCCUUUGUGACGCCCAACUCGGACUGAUUAUCUUUUCAACCACUGGAAAGCUCUAUGAAUUUGCUACCACCAACAUGGAAUCAGUUAUAGAGAGAUAUCAUCAUAAUACAAGUGACAAUAAUCAACCACCACCUCCAGCUGAGGAUCUUAAGUUUUGGCAAAGGGAGGCAACAAAACUUAGGCAGCAACUAGAGGUUUUAGAAGAGAGGCACAGAAAAGUCAUGGGUGAAGAGCUGACAGAUUUGAGCAUAAGAGACCUACAGAGUUUAGAAAACCAGUUGGAAGCAAGUUUAAAGGGUGUUCGAAUGCACAAGGAUCUUGUUCUGGGUGAUGAGAUAAAAAAUCUGAAACGAAAGGGAAGCCUCAUUCGUCAACAAAAUCUCGAUUCACAUCACAAGCUCGACCUUGUAAAACAAGAAAAUUCAGAUCUUAUAUUCAAGUUGAAAGGCGGUUACAAGGUGCAUCAAGUAUAUCAGCAACCACAAACAUCAAUCAGGGUCCAAAGCGAGCAUUAUAUAACACCGAUUCAUCUUCAGUUAAGCCAAACACAACCACAACCACUCAACAUUGAUGCAUCACCAACAACUACAACUAUGAAUCUAGGGUUAAUACUGCAUUAGCAAAUUAAAAGAGAUUAACCAUCCAUCAAUUCUAUACUCGAGAUCGCUCGUUAGUCGUUACCAUUAAGGUAUUGACCUAGUGGCUAAAACCGAGGGUCGGUUUUGUGUACAUUCGCCGUUCGGUUGUAGAUACAAAUCUCCCCUCCCAAGUUAGUAAUUUUGUGGGUAAUUCGCAUCCAAAAAAUUAUGUGUGCUGGUUUGUAUUAAUUCCAUUUAGCAGGAAGGCCAGUACGAAGCCACCAAUUAAGCUAAUCCCUUUCAGAAAGACAUUGUUUUUUUUGGUGUUAGUACCCGAUUCAUUCUUAGGGUUAAUUCGGAUUCGGAGCGAGUUUUGGGUGGAUACGUUUCAGUCCCCUCACAGUUAUUGUUACGGGGGAUCGAACACGGAUUCUCCCUACCAAGUUCAGCCCCAAUCACCACUAAAGCAACAGACAAUUAGUUGCAAAAGGCAUUGUGUGGUAGCAUAUCAAUGUACUCCCUCCGUAACCAAUUGGUUGUUGGUUCAGUGGUGAUUGAGGCUGAACUAGGUAGGGAGAACUCGUGUUCGAUCCACCGCAACAACAAUUAGGAGGGGACUGAAACCUAUCCACCCAGAACUCGCCCUGAAUCCAGAUUAGCCCUAAGGGUGAACCGAGUGCUAACACUAAAAAAAAAAUGUACUCCCUCCGUAUUUAUUUAAGGGAUACACUUGUCUUUUCCGGCUGUAUUUAUUUGAAAGAUACACUUGCCAUUUUUAGUAACUUACCAACCAUAUCAUCUAAUUAAAUAAUAUUCAAUCCGUCUCACAUUAGUUGUUACAC